AUGGCAACAUCUCAACAAGAGCUGGACUGGCAAUCGACGAAGAAGACGGUGUUAGAACGAAGUCGUCAUAUGUUUAAUAAUCCGUUCAUGAGCGACAUCGCGUUCAGUUGUGAAGGCUCAGACAAGAAAUUCUUCGCACAUAAAUAUGUCCUCGCCACAAGUAGUGCUGUAUUUUAUGCGAUGUUUUACGGCGAGCUGGCAGAGAAGAAUUCAGUUGUUCAUCUGAGCGAUACUGACGAGGAAAGUCUGCAGGAAUUUCUACGAUUUCUUUACACGGACGAGUGUAACUUGACAACAAAUAAUGCCGUGUUUGUGUUGUACUUGGCCAAGAAGUAUAUCGUGCCCUCUCUCGCUGAAAAAUGUUUUGAAUAUUUUGACGCCAACUUCGCAGCAGAAAAUGUUUUGAUACUUUUACAGCAAGCAAUUCAAUUUGACGAAAAUAAACUUGAGGAGAAAUGCUGGGAUUUCAUAGAUUUGAAAGCGAACGAAGUUGUCGCUUCUGAUGGAUUUUCUGACAUUAAUCAAGCAACUUUAGUAGAAUUAUUGAAGCGAGAACCGUUGAACUUGGAAGAGGUUGAUCUUUUCAAAGCAGUUUUAAAAUGGAGCGAAGCGGAAUGCUCAAGAAAGGGAAUAGAAGCGAAUGCAAAGAACAAACGAGCCGCCAUGGGAGAUGCAAUCUAUCAAAUUCGUUUUGUCUCUAUGACGCUUCAAGAUUUUGCUCAGAAUGUUUCCCAGUCGGGUAUACUUACACCAGAAGAAAUGCUUUUAUUCUAUGAGACAUUUGGCGGAAUAGAAAAAACGUCUGAAAUAUGGAACAUGUCAGAAACAAGGGCAAAAGAAGAUAUCUUACUAAGAUGUUGCAGAUUUGAUUGCUAUGGACUUCAUCUUGUGUCGAAAACAGUGAGUACUUGGGAGGACACACUAGGUAUAUCGUUUAGUAAGCCAGUGAAACUCCACGGUGUUCGCUUGCUUGGCGAAAAAGGGAAGGAAUAUAAAGUGAAGUUAGAGAUUUGGUCUUGGAUAAUUGAAAAGAAAUUUCAUUCAGAACAGGAUAAUCGUGGCAUAUCUCAAGGGUUUGAUGUCAUGUUACCAUUACCAAUUAAGGUUCAAGCUAAUGUUCCUGUUCAUCUGAAAACCACCAUAACCGGCUGUCGUCGCACCAAUUUCGACGCGCGUGUGAGAAAGACAGUAAAAACAAAUGGUAUUACUAUAAAUUUUAUAACCAAGAAUGAUAAUGAUUUUGAUGAAAUUAUCUUUAGAGAAAUGUCAAAAUGAGAUGCAGAUAAUCGAUGAUGUGAACACUGUUAAUCAACAUUUCAAUAUCGAAAAUGGGAAGAAAGUAGAUGGACAAAUGGUAAAGGGGUUGACAAUAACUAUAUGCCAUAGGGAGAAUAUCACUAAUUUUCAGGGACUGUAGGGACAAACUAAAAAAUAUAACAGGAAAAUUGGCAUCUUUAGGGGUGACCAAUACAUUUUUUAAAGUUGAGGCCCUGUAAGGGGUUUUAGGUAUAAGGUAUACUUCCCCAAAGUAUUGUAGUUAUAAAGUAUUAAUAACGAUGGACUUUUGGGUAUAAAGUACAAAUUAUUACUGAGGAGUCUUCAAAAUAGACAUUUUGUGUUUGCAUUUAAUUGUGUCAAUUGUCAAUAGUGACCAACAGUGGUCAAUAGUUAUCGCUUCUAACGUCUCUAAUUCGAU